AUGUCCGGGCGUUUUGUGCGUUCUUCCAAAUAUCGCCACGUCUUCGGGCGUUCGACGAAAAAGGAACAAUGCUACGAUAAUCUUCGUGUAUCGAGAAAUGCGUGGGAUACCAACCUCGUCAAGGUUAACCCGAAGCACCUCGCCGUCAAUUGGGAAGCUGGUGGUGGUGGCGCAUUUGCUGUCAUUCCCCUCGAAGAACGGGGCAAGUUGCCAGACCGUAUCCCUCUGUUCCGAGGACACACUGCAGUCGUGCUUGACACCGACUGGAAUCCCUUCAAUGAUGAUCUGAUUGCAUCCGGCUCGGACGACGGAAAGGUCUUCCUUUGGCGAGUUCCGGAUAACUUUACCGUCCGCCCCGAUGUCGAAGUGGAUGAUAUCCAGGACAUUGCCCCUGUUGGUAAACUGAGCGGCCACUCCAAGAAGGUUGGGCACGUGCUCUUUAACCCCGCCGCUGAAAAUGUGCUGGCCACGGCCUCCGGCGACUACACCGUGAAGAUCUGGGAUAUUGAGGCUGGUGCUCCCAAAUUGACCCUUGACAUCGGCGACAUCGUACAGUCGCAGUCAUGGAGUGCCAACGGUUCUCUGUUGGUUACCACUUCGCGAGACAAGAAGCUUCGCAUUUGGGAUGUGCGCCAGGAACGCCCUGCACACGAGACUAAUGGUCACUCUGGAGCCAAGAACAGCCGUGCUGUUUGGCUGGGAGAGCGCGACCGGAUCGCGACCACCGGUUUCUCUAAGAUGAGUGACCGCCAGCUGGCCCUUUGGGAUAUCCGUGCAGUUCGUGAACCCAUCAAUGGCUUCAAGACCCUGGACUCGAUUUCAGGUGUCUGCAUGCCCUUCUGGGACGACGGUACCAACUGCCUGUACCUUGCCGGACGAGGUGAUGGAAACAUCCGCUACUUCGAGCUGGAGAAUGAUAAGUUUGAGUUCCUAUCUGAACAUAAGUCCGCGGACCCCCAGCGAGGCAUUGCAUUCAUGCCCAAGCGCGGUGUGAACAUGCACGAGAACGAGGUGGCUCGCGCCUUCAAGACCGUGAACGACGGCUACAUUGAGCCUGUUUCAUUCAUUGUUCCCCGUCGCUCUGAAACCUUCCAGGACGACAUCUACUUGCCCACCGUCGGUCUUACUCCUGCUAUGAGCCCCUCUGAGUGGCUGAGUGGUAAGGAGGCAAUUCCUCCUAAGAUCUCCAUGGCCAGUCUUUUUGAUGGCAAGGGAUUGAAGGAGGUCGAGGGUGUACAGGAUAAGCCCACUGGCACCUUCGAUGCCCCUGCUCCCAAGCCUGCCGAGCCCGAUAUCAAGAAGACUCUUGAUCCUAUUGUCACCAAGGCACCCGAGCCUACCCCUGUGGCUCGUCCGACCCCAUCUAUGAAGGAGCAAGGUGCCUCCAUGGCAUCUAUGGUGUCGAAGUUUGCUGAUAACAAGGAAGCGGAGCCUGAGGAUGACGAUGACUCCAGCUUCGAGGAGGUUUCUAAGCCAGUCGAGCGCCACACACGCUCUCCCGUACAACCUUCUUCUCCUGCAAUUAGCAGUUCUCCUCGCGUGAAGGAGCCCGAGACAAAGGCCCAACCCGCUGCUGCUAAGCGCGACCCCACCCCAGCUCCCGCCAUCUCUACUCCCACCACCCCCAAGAUCGAAAUCACCGAGCCCACCAACAGUGUCGGCGAGGAUAUUGAAGAGAUCAGGAAACUGAUCUCCGAGCAAACCAAGUUGAUUUCCUCUCAGGCCCAGCAGAUGCAGAACCUCACCUCUGAGAUUGAAGCACUGAAGAGCAAACUGAACUAA